CGCUGCCCUCCGCGAAGCUCGGGCAGACGCGGUGUCUCCGCGAUGCUGGGCGUGCGGCUGCUGGCGUGCUGCCUGCUGCUCGGCGGGGGCGCCGCCGCCCUCGGCCGGGGCGAGGUGCCCUCCCUGCGGAAUAGAGGAAUAUUUAUUAUCCAAAGUGAAGACUCCAACAUGUGCGUUAGAGUGGACACAGUUGGCCUUGUUCUGGAAGACUGCAGUCAACUUUCAAAAGACAUGUUAUGGAAAUGGGUAUCCAAUCGCCGCCUUUUCAACAUAGGCAGAAGCACCUGUCUAGGACUGAACAUCAGUAGACCAGAACAGCCAUUAAGUAUGCUUGAAUGUGAUUCAACUCAGUACUCGCUAUGGUGGAAUUGUGAGGGAAAAGUAUUAGUUGGUGUAUCAGAGUACAAACUAGCAAUUGAAAACAGCAAACAUAUUGUGGCCAAAAAAAAAUCUACUUACCAAUGGAAACAGUACAUGUCCGAUGAUGAAGACCUCUGUGAACACCCAUUUCAAGAAACAUACACCUUCCUGGGAAAUUCUUUUGGUUUCCCAUGCAUGUUUCCAUUUAAAUAUAACAACAAAUGGUAUUAUGAGUGUACCAGAGAUGGAAAGGAAUUUAACUGGUGUGCCACAACAACUCACUAUGAACAAGAUGAAAAAUGGGGGGUUUGCCCAGAUACUGAGAGUGGCUGUGACUUUGUUUGGAAGAAGAACCCUGACACGCAUCUUUGCUACCAGUUCAACCUUUUAUCUGUGCUGACCUGGCAUGAGGCACGCUCUGCCUGUCAGCUGCAAGGAGGAGACCUGCUGAGUGUCACUGACCCUGAAGAGCAGGACUACAUAAGUAACUUAAGCAGGCAGUUAAACGCCACGGAUAUGAUGCUGUGGACAGGCCUGAACUCCCUGGAUGAAGAUGCUGGCUGGCAUUGGUCAGAUGGAGCACCGCUAGUGUUUGUGAACUGGAGAGCAAAUGUCUCUGAUAACCAUUUUAGAGAAAAUCGUUGUGCAGUGAUUAAUUCAAAAUUGAAGUAUGGCUGGCAAAGUUAUUUAUGUGAAUCAGGAUUGCCUUUUGUAUGCAAAAAAUAUUUAAAUAAGACAGAACACGAAACGUUGGAUAUAUGGAAGUAUUAUGCCACUCGUUGUGAUGCUGGCUGGUACCCUCAUAAUCGCUACUGCUACAGACUUUUUAAAGAGGAGAAGAGCUGGAAUGAUGCUUUUAUCUCGUGCCAAAGUGACAAUAGUGGGCUCAUGAGUAUAUCCUCCUUGGCAGAUGCAGAGUUGCUCCUUGACUUGCUUGAAAGUGAAAAUGUAACUGAAACGUGGAUUGGGUUAUACAGUAAUAAGACCCCAGUUGUUUUUGAGUGGUCAGAUGGCAUUCCAGUAGAAUUCUCUAACUGGCACAGCCAAGAACCUAACACCUUUCAAAGAGCAGGACCACUCUGUGUUUCAGCACAAGGAUCUGAAGGACAUUGGAAAGUUAAAAAAUGUGAAGACAGAUCUUUCUACAUUUGCAAAAAAGCAGGGGAAUUUAAUCAUACAUCUCCUGGGAUGGAAUCAAGUUGUCCAGAGGGAUGGGAAAGACAUGGUGGAUAUUGUUACAAAAUCGACAGUACCCCUCGAAGUUUUGAACAUGCUUCCAGUGGUUAUUUCUGCCCAUCUGAACUUAUAUCAGUAACAAACAGGUUUGAACAAGCUUUUAUCAACAGCAUGAUCCGUAGUGUGGCAAAAUCUGAGAGAACUUAUUUUUGGAUAGGAUUGCAAGACAUUAACAACACAGGAGAAUACUUUUGGCUAAGUCCAGCAGGGAAGAACUGCUCUGUGAGCUACACGAACUGGAACAAAAACCAGCCACGUCAUUCUGGAGGAUGUGUGGUUAUGCGAGGGGAGCAACCUGUUGGUUACUGGGAGGUGAAAAGCUGUAAGAACUUCAAAGCAAUGUCAUUAUGCAAGCAAAAAAUCAAUUCUUAUGAAGAACCUGAACUUACUUUUCAAAAGCAUUUGAGUUCCUGCUAUUUUGGAUGGGAAUCAGAAUCUAAUCUGCUUAGCUGCUACAAGAUAUUUCACAAUGAGAAAGUUCUGAUGAGAAGAACAUGGAAUGAAGCAGAAGCAUUAUGCCAAGAUUUUGGAGCACAUCUUGCUAGUUUUAGCCAUGUCUAUGAAGAGACAUUUUUAAACAAUUUAUUAUAUACAAUUUUUGAUAGGACAGAAGAAAGACAGUUCUGGAUUGGCUUUAAUAAAAGAAAUUCACUUUCUCAAGGGACGUGGCAGUGGUCUGACAGAACACCUGUUGUAUCUUCAUUUUUGGAAAGCAAGUAUAUUGAAGAUGACUCAAGAAACUGCGGUGUGUUCAAAGCAAAUAGUACCGUCUUUCCAGCACGCUGCAAUGAAAAGCGUGAAUGGAUAUGCAAAAUACCAAAAGGUGUUAAACCAAAGAAUCCAGUCUGGUACAUAUCUGAACUGCCAUGGUCAUAUUAUCAAGGAGCGGAGUAUCUUUUCCAUGUCAACCCUACAGACUGGGAAACCUAUGAGUUUGUCUGUGCCUGGCUUCGCAGUGGAGUGGUAACAAUAAAUUCUUAUAAUGAACAAGCCUUUAUUCAAAAUAAAAUUAAGAAGCUAUCAAGUAGUGAUGUUCAUUGGUGGAUUGGAUUGCAUGCAGAAAACAUCAGCGACGAAUUUGGCUGGAGAGACAAAUCACCAGUAACAUACCAGAACUGGGAUGAAGGAAGGGAAAGAGAGCCACGGAAACCGGGGAAAAGAUGUGGAUUUGUUUCAUCACAAACAGGACUCUGGGGUGAUGAAAACUGUACUGUCUCUCUUCCCUGUAUUUGUAAGCGUAAAAUUGCUUGGAAAAUAGAGAAAGAGAUCCCAAAAGACCAAAACCAACAAGAAACGUGUCCCAAAGGCUGGUUGCACUUUGGUUUCAAAUGCUUUUUGAUACAAAUUCCGAAGGAUCCAGAGCAUCUGAAAAACUGGUACUCUGCACAAGAGAUCUGCGCUAGCUAUGGUGGGUCACUUGCUUCUCUUGAAAAUGAGCUGGAACAAGCUUUCAUAACAAUGAAUCUAUUUGGGUGGAAGACUAGUGUUUGGAUAGGUUUCCAGAGUGACGAUUAUGAAAAAUGGGUGAAUGAAAAUCCUCCAAUGUAUUCCAACUGGUCUCCAGUUGAUGUAGUGGAUAGACAGCAUUAUAACAGUGCAAACAUUCAAGAACAACUUCCACUCUGUACAUUGGUAUCAAAUAACCCUAAUUUUUAUUUCACGGGAAAAUGGUACUUAGAAAACUGUCAGAAAAAAUAUGGGUUUCUCUGCCAAAAGACUCAGGACACAUCUGGACAGAUCAUCAAUUCAUCUGAAAUGUACCCUGUGCCAGAUAGCUUGGAAUAUGGAAAUAGAACAUACAAACUAAUACAUGGUAAUUUUACAUGGUCUUCAGCUUUAAAAACCUGCAUGGCAGAUGGUGCGGAGUUGGUCAGCAUUACGGACCAGUAUCACCAGGCUUUCCUCACAGUCAUUGUGAAUCGGCUGGGAUACAACCACUGGAUUGGGCUGUUCACUUCAGAUAAUGGGCUUAACUUUGAGUGGUCGGAUGGGACUAGGUCUUUGUUUACCUUCUGGGAAGAUGAUGAGUCCCAGGCCUUUGGCAGCUGUGUUUACAUUGAUACUUCAGGGCACUGGAAAAGUGCUAACUGUGAGCGACUUCUGCAAGGAGCAGUUUGCCAUGUGCCACCUAAAAAGAAUCUCACUGCCUAUAAAGGCUUAUGUUCAGAAAAAACUGUUCCCUGGAUCAAAUUCAAAAACAGUUGCUACAGCUUUUCAACAGUUCUGCAAGGCACAAGUUUCAGUACUGCAUACGAAGUCUGCAAAAAUCAAGGAUCAAAUCUCUUAACUAUUCAAGAUGAAGAUGAAAAUGCCUUCAUUCUGGAAGAAUUGCACAGUUUCGGUUAUUCCGUGCAAAUGGUUUGGUUGAACCUCCUGCUUGUUACAGACAAUGAGACAAUCUCCUGGUUUGAUGGCUCUCCCUUAAAUUAUUCUAACUGGGGCAUCAGGGAGCCUGAAUUAGAUCAUCUCAAGGGGAAUUUCUGUAUCAGCCUAAGGACCACAGAUGGAGUCUGGAAAAUAUCUCCAUGCAGAGAAAAAAGGGGAUUUAUAUGCAAAAUGGAUGCAGUAUCAAUUUCUGUUUCAGAUAUCAAUGCAACAGAACCCUCUGAAAAAACAUCAUACCGUGGGCUUGUAGCUCUGGCUGUUCUCGUGACAUUGGUGAUGCUGGCUGCCAUUUCCCUUUUUCUGUGGUGCCUGUAUAAACAGAACCACCAACUCUUCCACAGGAUACUGUGGAUCAGAAAUGCCUAUUUGCCACAGAUUAAUGCUGAUGUUCCUGCUUUGGAAGAAAGCAUUCUCAUUUCUGAUUUUGACAGAAGUGAAAACAAUUAAUUGAUCAGAAGUAGCCAGCGAUCAUGUCCUCCAUGUGAAACUCCACGAUCUACAGCAGUUUUCUCCUUCUUAGGAGUCCCCUGGGGUGCCUAUAUCCAGAGAAAUCCUCACAGUCAUUGUCCUAUGAGCCUAGGGGCUCCCUACCUUGGAGAUGUUUUGCUUUGUGGCAGGAUGAUGUGAAGGUGUAAGACAGAACUGUGGGUCGACUAGCUCCUUUGGGACAAGCCAGGAACUGAAAACCAUAAACCUCCAACUGAUUUUGUGAAGCAGUCAUGUCUGAUGCCCCAGAGCAGCAGGCAUUUUCAUGCAGCGUUUUCCUUUUGGGAGUGUUUGGGCUUUUGUGUUUUGUUUCCGUAUGUCACGUAAUCUGCUCAUGAGCCAGCAUUAAAAUUUGGCCUUGAAUUUAGGAACUCUGAAACAUAUUUCAAAGAUUACAGAGUAGGUUUUUUUUUUCUUAAUAACCAUUCCUUCUGUGAAACGAACAGUUAUUUUUCAGAUGGUGGAUUCUUGCCAGGUGGAUUUCCAAACUUGCAGAGGGAUGAAGUCACUUUUGACAUAGUAGUGCCAGAGUUUUGGUAGUUUGGCCUGAGACACCUAGUUCAUGUUAUAAAAUAAACUAGUCUAGAGAUGUAAUGGCAUAUGGGCUUUGUCAUCCUGAAGUUAAUAUAUUAAUUUGAAAUGCAUGUAGUAUACUAAAGAUUUAACUAUGUUAUCUCUCACCCAGAUUAUUUAAGAAAUGGAAUCCUAUCAACUUCUCUUAAAGAUAUUUGUGGGCAAUACCUGUUUGAAGAAAAAAAAACCUGUUCUAAAUCUUGCUGAAGUUUUAUGUUAAUAAAUUGCUUCACUGUUCAUCUACAGUAUUUCUGCAAGCAGUAUUCGUGUAUGCUUUUCUGAGACCCUGCUCUUAAAAGCUAAGGACAACAUGUUGGGGGGCCACAUUGGUCUUCCCAAAGGGUGCUAUGGUCCUAUAACCCUGUGUAGCAGACCCUCAGAAGGACACUUUUCAAUUUCAGUGUUCAUGUCAAGGUGCUGACAAAGGAGAUGAAUUUUGCAGACCAGUUGGUCUGUAGUCUGAUGGUUGUGAAGGACCCAGCUCAGGUUUCUGCACUACCUCAGUUACAGUGGCCCAGGACAGCGAUGCUUACUCUCCGUGGGACUCCCACCACCCAAACCAGUCCUCACCCACAUUUCUGAAAAUACCUGGAGGGCUUCAGGGAUUUUGGUUUUUAUUUUUAUUGCAGUGAGGAAAAACAAAUGCUUAGUCAUGAUGAGUUACUUCAGAAUGGAUUUACUGUGCCUUCAGUCAUCUCUAAAAGCUGAUGAAAAGGGCUGCAGUUAUUGUUGGGUUUGUUGGUUUGUUUGUUUUAUGAUGACUCAUUCUAACAAUUUUGUAAGAGCCCUGAGAUGGAGGUACGUUCCUCAGAAUUAAGCAAGCAGCUAAGGCCAACUGAAAUGUUUUUACACAGUAUUUGUGCAUGUGCACGGGAAUGUAUUACUGCCUCUUAGUUAGAUUUCGUGCAGGCAAUUCUAGGAACAAAAGUUACCUGUUCAUGUCAUAAUUAUGUAUAAGGCUAUUUUUAAAAAUUACUUAGUACAUAGAGUAUUUCUGUGCUGGUUUACAGAACUGAUCAAAAAUGCUGUCAAAGAGACUGCAGAUGGUUUUGAUCCCAAUAUAAUUUUCAGCUUACUGUUUUUAAAAACUUCUUGUGGGUAUAGCUAUCACAGUUCUUAAUCUGAGAUUUUCCCAUCAUAUAAGAUACGAGCAGCUUUUCUUUGUCUAUUUUGUGUGAUGGUUUGACCCAUACAUGAGUCUUCGGUCAUGUUUUUAAAGUUUGGGUUUAGUCCUGUAGGUUUAUCUAUGGGACUGUUUUUAUGUGAAGUCCACUGUUAGAAUUUGCGGAUUGCAACUUUUGAGUACAAUUGCCAGAUAGUCUGCUGUUUGUGGGUAUGAACUGUGAUAACUUCUUUACCACCAAAAGGAAGGAAGAAAAAAGGUUGUGACCAUCUCUCCCUUCCCCAUGAGAAUUUUAUGUGUUUAAACUUCAACCAACAAAUCCCCUUGAUCUCAUUCACUGACAAGUGUGUAAAUGCUGCCUUCUUACAGUACAGCAAGCAGAGUGGGUUGCAGGAUGGUUUUUCUUUGCGAGGGUAAGCUGUGUUGUCAGGGUUCUUUGUUUAUUGGCUACAGUGCUGUUACUACUUACACAGAGUCUUGUCAGAUUUUGAGGUGGUUAAUGAAGGUGUACUUUUUUUUCCACAGAACUUGACAUAGGCUUUUUAUCAGUUUCCCUUGGGGCAUAUUGAAGUCAUUUAAAUAUAUUUGCAGGGCAGUGGUAUAAUAAGUAACCCUAACCUAAAAAUAGUGAUCAUUGAUUAACAUUGACUCUGAUGUAGAUGACCUUGCGUUAAGGGGAAAAAUAGUUGAAGCAGUAUUUUCUUCCUGCUUUGAAAUGGUUUUGAGGGAAAGGACCUUUAAAUAUUUAUUUUUAAAUCUUUCAUGGUUUAACUUUUAUAAUUGCAGGUAUUAUUGAGUAAAAAAUGUAAUUGUUGACUGCUUUCUCAUUUUUGUUCUGAAUUUUGUUAUUCAUAGCUUUUGUUUGUUUUCCCUUAAUCAGAGGUCUCCUCUGUUCUUUAUCAGAGUAUGUGGUGACUAUGUUUUUACUGCUGACCUUGAUGAUAUUGGCAGUGAGAUUCACUGUAUUGUUUCUACUGGAAAAUUAAAGAGUGAAUAAUAAUUCUCUGUGCUGUAAUUUUUCCAGAAUCUUUCCCCAGCUUUAAUUAGCUGCUAUGCCUUAGUGUCUCGUAACAGCAGUCCCCAAGCUUUGCACCAGGUCAUUUUGGUAGGAGAGGGACAGCUUGCACCAGCUUCCUUUCUGGCCCCAUGGCUGGACCUAGACCUGGGCACUGCAGACAGUUUCCACGCACAUGGUGGUCCCAGUAUCUCAUAGGGCAUGGAUGCGUGUGCAGGAGGUGCUGGGAGGUGGAAGGAUGCAUCCUACUGCCCAUUCCCUGCAGUCCAGGAAGCUGGGGCUGCCAGGGAUGAGUGAUGGGCUGGAGCAAUUUUCCUGCUGGACUGUGGAGGCUGUGUUUUGUGGGAGUCCAUUUGUUUCUUCCACAAAGAAGAUGGAAAUGCGUGACUGCAGCACGGUAGCUUCCAUGGGCAGCAUCAGAGUGCUUCCAUGUCAAAGAACUGGGUUAAUCAGAGCCUGAGCAGACAACUGAAUGUUCCAUUUUCCUCUGCCAGGCCAGCUUCUUUGAAUGUGUUACUGAAAGGGAAGUGUUAGAUAUCGUAUUGCUCCUUUGCCUUAGGGAAUCGAAGGCUAUCCCCACCAUAGAUAGAUACAUUCAGGCCGAAAUAUGACACAACUUGUCUACCAGAUAUUGGGGUUUAUAAAUAAAUCCGUGUGCUUACUUUUGCAGACUCCGUUCCAGGAGAAAAUUUACCUCCUAGUUCCUUUAGAAGCCCUUGCAGCAUGCCUCUGAGGGAGAGAGAUGCCUGAUGCAGCUGUCACAUCCCAGCUGCAUGAGAGUCUGCAGUAGGAACAUACGUAUGCUGGCGAUGCCCAGCAUGACUGGGCAGAGCAAAGGGUUGUGGCACGAGGCUGUAUUUACUUACUAACUCACAUGAGAGAAGGAAAACAAAGACAUAGAAAUGAAGAGACAUUUUAGAUAUCUAUUGCAUAAGUAAUCGUUCCUCAGCACUGUUGAAAGCCGAUUUAUUUUCUCCCUCUCUCAAUUUAUUCUGUAAGUUGCUCAGAGCAUAAGACUUGCUGAUCCUUUUCUAUAUCCAUUAUCUUUAUGCAGGAUGGCUGUGAUUUGAAUUCUGAUCUUAGGAAAUUAACCAUAGAAGGGAGCAUUAAGAAUCAUUUUGUAGUAAAGCCUCGCUUUAGAGUCUUAGUUUUUAUAAUCUUAUACUGCAGCUCUUCUAGACUUUCUCGAUCCUCCUGUAACACACAACUGCCAUUGUCUAAGGAAGUGUACCAGACCCAGCCUGAAGUGAUUCUCAACUGCAAUAGUUUCCAAAAGUGCACAGCUAGAUAAUAGCGAAAAUGCUUUAUUACCAUAUCCUUUCUUUCUAAUGCUUAUUUUUGUUUGUCGUCUUGUUGCUAUCAUAACAAACACCAUGCUUUUCUUAACCUCAGCCUGGAGACUAAAUCUCCACUGUGGUUCUCGGAAAUAAAUGCUUCAAAACAGUUUUAGUGAGAACAACAGCUAAACUUGUAGAUACAAGAUAAAUCUUGAAUUGCAUACUGGGCUAAAAGUUACUCUCCUCUGCAUGCCAGCACAGGAAAAUAGGGAAGAUUCUUUCUCUGAAUCACGCACAUAAAGGCCUAACUAACAAUCUGCUUUCCACAGAGGCGGCCAGCCUGCAGGUAAUGGUGGCGGUCACUGAGUGCUUGAAAGCCAUCCACCACCACUGCAUUGACUGGUAGAAUGCAAUGUCUCAGACCAUGCAUUGGAAAAAAAAAACCCUAAUCCUGUCUCUUUUCAUAUAUUUAUAGAUAUAUGUUCAUCUUAAGAAAGUAAAAGUUUCCAUUCAUGCUGUUCAAAAAAAUCCUCUAUAUUAUUUCUUUUAGUUUUUAGUGAAUACUAAAAAUUAUCCCAUCAAGUGUAUUCCUCUUAUGAAGCUAUUUAGUCAGGUCAUUUGUUCUAAAACAUGAUCUUAGGCCUUUGACCCUGGUCAUAACCUGAUUAAAUCUGCUGUGCCACUUCCUCCUGCCAUAAACUUUUUCUGUAUUGUAGGUGAGAAGUCCCUGGAAAGGCAAAAGCAAGCUUGCACUGAGCUAAUAAAAGACAGACUCUGCCUCAUCAGCAGCUUUGGGCUGUGUGGCUUCACUGACGCUGGAUUUGGGACUCUGUCCCAGAGCUUGAUGCUUCCAGGUUCAUUCAGGUAAGAUUUGUUGUCAGGAAUCUCAGGCCCCUGAAUCCAGUGGGAACAUCUGGAGCAGUGGAGACUUUACCCUCAGUAGAGAAGAUAAAAACAUUUAAACAAAUUGGACACAGACAAGUCCAUGGAACCCAGUGGGCUGCAUCUACAAGUGCUGAGGGAACUGGCAUGUCUUUGCAAAACCAGUUUCAAAUAACUUUGAAAGGUCACAGACUAUAAAGACUGAAAGUUUGAUACAAAUGUCAUGCCUAGCUUCAAGAAGAAAAGGCAAUGUGGGGAACUACCUUGAUACUCAGGAAGGUGAUAGAGCAAAUAAUUCUGGAAAUCAUUUCGAAAUAUGUUAAGGAUGUGAAGAUUACUAGGAGUCAUCACUAUGGGUUUAUGAAGGCAAAAUCAUGCCUGUCCAACCUGAUAGCCUUCUGUGGUAAAAUGACUAGCUUGGUGGACAAGUGAAGCAUGUUAAUUGUCUUAACUUUAGCAAGGCUUUCAUCACUGGCUGUCAUAGUAUCCUCGUUAAUAAACUACUGGCUAGACAAGUGGAUGGUGAGGUGGACUGAAAACUGUCUGAAGUGGCAGGCUCUAAAUAUUAUGAACAGCGGCACAACGUCCAGCUGGAGGCUGGACCACUGGAAGCUGGAGGCAGGAGUCACUAACAGUGUACUCCUGAGGCCAAUAUUGUUUAACAUCCUCAUUAAUGAUCCUGGCUGAUGAGACAAUAAGUUUGCGGAGCAUUGAAGACUGGAAGGAGUGGCUGAUACACCAGAUGGUUGUGAUGCCAUUCAGAGGGAUCUUGACAAGCUGGGGAUGAUAGGCAAAGAGGACUCUCGUGGAGUUUAACAAAGGGAAAUGCCAAAUCCUGCCCCAGUUGAGUAACAUCCCCACACAUUACUAGGGGCUGGGGACCAACUAACUGGGAAGUAGCUUUACAGAAAGAAGCUAGGAAUUCUGGUGAACACUGGCUUGGACAUGAGCCAGCAAAGGGUGAACAUCGCAGCAAAAGUGUCCAACAGUACCCUGGACUGCUUAAGGAGGAGAGGUUGCUAGUAGGUUGAGGUGGAUGAUCAAGGACGUGUCCUGACAUGCCCUGCUGUAACCUCCAUCACGGAAGACAGGCUGAGACCUUUUCCCACAACUGUUGACUUUGUGUUUGUGUUUUAUAUGGUUAAUGUAGCUACUUUCACUAUACUUGUAUUACAGAUUUUGAGGUUUCCCUAAGUUGAAUAUUUCCUUUCAAAAGGAAGUUGCAUAUUUCUCUGUUAAUAUUCUCUGUUAAUGCUAUUAUUGCUUCUCAGGAAGAGAGGUCUAGACCAAUCGAUCUUUACUGGGAUCAAGAAAGUGGUGGUGAAGGAUACUCUUGAGGAUGUCAUCAUCACAGUUCUGUGAGUUCUGUCCUUGAGAUUCCAAAUUCCAUCCUUUGGAGAAACCAGAUUAGUAUGAGGCUUUAUAUGUGCCUCAAGUUUCCUAAUACUCUGGUUUUAAGCCUCCUAAGUUUAUCUGAGACAGUGGGAUUCUGGUUACAAAAUUGAACCUUAAAAUUUUUGGGAAAAUAGGUGGCACGCCUUUGAGUGCUCCAAAAUUAUUAUUGCUUGUGGGUUAUGCAUUAAGAUUGGAGUUGUUUAUUUGCCAUUGCUAGUAAUCAAAGGCGUAGAAAACCAAGGAUAAGAACUGUAAUUUCAACCCAAUUUGUUAAACUGUUUUGGUUUUUUUUUCGAUUGUUAGAUUCAUACUUGUACUGGUUCACUUGGCUAUUGUUAUAUUAAUCCUGGCACUUGGAUAAUCACACAUGCCAUCCUGGUUGUCUUUUCCUCCCUAUAUUUCUUCCUCUAUCCGGUAUAUCCUGAUCCUGAACUCCUCUUGUCUUUCAACAGUACAAGUUGAAAGAGGCCUGGGCACGAGUUGACACCUCGUGGAUCUGGGAAAUACCCCGUGUCUUUUGACUGGGGAGUUGUGGAUCUAGGAAACACCCCCUGUCUUUUCCCCUGGGCACGUCGAAAGAGGCCUAGGCACGAGUUUACAGCUCGUGGAUCCAGGACGUGACAACCCCUUUCCUUCUCUCUUCCUCAGCCUUAUUCUCCUCAUCCUCUCCUUUUCUUCUAAGGGUCACCACUAUCGACAGCACGGAUCUGAGUUUUGGAUUUGAGUUCUGUGACAAAUGUUUAAGUCAUGGGGUGGAAUAUAAAGCCUGACUAUGCUUCUUUCCUUGCCUUAAACAUUUCGUCUGAAGGCUGGCCAUUUGUGUGUCUGUUUUGUGGUGCCAGCAAUGAAUAGUGGAGAUGGUGCAGCAGCAGACCUCACCAAGGACAGAGCUUGGGAUAUCUUGGAUUAUUCCCAUGCUCUCUCUCUCUCCCACCUGUUAUUUCAAUCAGACCCGCCUGGACCACGUGGCCUGGAAGAGGCAUACAGGCAUCUUGACUUGUAUCAGAAAUGGCGCGGCCAGCAGGUCCAGGGAGGUUAUUCUGCCCCUGUACACAGCACUGGUGGGACUGCACCUCAAAUACUGUGUUCAGUUCCUUCGCUACAAGAAAGAUAUUGAGGCUCUGGAGCAUGUCCAGAGAAGAGCAACAAAGCUGGUGGAGGGGCUGAAGAACAGGUCUUACGAGGAGUGGCUGAGGGAACUGGGGUUGUUUAGCCUGGAGAAGAGGAGGCUGAGGGGAGACCUUAUUGCUCUCUACAACUACCUGAAAGGAGGUUGUGGAGAGGAGGGAGCUGGCCUCUUCUCCCAAGUGACAGGGGACAGGACAAGGGGGAAUGGCCUGAAACUGCGCCACAGGAGGUUUGACUGGAUAUCAGGAAAAAGUUUUUCCCAGAAAAGUCAUCAGGCACUGGCAGAGACUGCCCGGAUAGGUGAUGGAGUCACCAUCCCUGGAGGUAUUUAAAAUAUGGGUAGACGAGGUGCUCAGGGACGUGGUUUAGUGGCAGAUAAGAAUGGUCGGACUGGAUCCAAGAGGUCUUUUCCAAGGUGGUGAUUCUGUGAAGCUGCUGCUGCGACCACAUGUUCCUGAGGAACUGCUGCUGCUCAUCAGUGUGGUGACUUCUUUCCUUUUCCCUUCUCUGUCUUUCUCUCUGCCUCUCCCAUUACCUUACGGUGUGCAUGUCGGAUUGGAUCUGAGUGACCCUGGCUGCGUUCAGGAAUCAGGUUGUGAUCUGAACAGGUUGGGAUUUGUUCCUGUAACUUUGGGAAGUUGCACCCCUAUGUCUCAGCUGUACACGUGAGUAUUUUGGCCUGUUUAUGUUUCCUGGAGCCAGAAUAAAUAUCACUUUUGA